AUGCAGAAGGGUGGCUGGUCAACUGUAUCUUACUCGAAACGUACUGGACGGAGAUGGGAUACUUUUCCGUUUGGUGGGAGGAAUCGGAACGAUUCUUCUGGUGUUGUAACUUCUAUGUAUGUCUCUGCGUUUCCAGAAGAUUAUUCUGCGAAGAACUUAUUCAAAUUAUUUGGUUGCUCCAACAACGUGGUUGAGGUCGCUAUCUCUCCGAGGAGGAAUAAGUUUGGAAAGCGUUUCGGUUUUGCUAGAUUCACCGAUGUGGAAGACGGUAGGAUUCUAGCUAUUCGUUUGGACAACAUCUUGAUCGAGGGCAAGAAAAUCCAUGUUAAUCUGCCCAGAUUCAAAAGGGAAGUGUGGACGAAAGGGGGCGUGAAUUCGUCAACAAUUAAAAGGGAUGGUUGGAGAGGUAAGGAGAUACGAAGGGUUGCGAUUUCUGUGGAGCAGAAUAGGUCCUUUUCUUCUUACGCUGAAGCAGUGGGAGGAACCGCAAAGGAGCAAGCGGGUAAAGAGGUUGAGAAAGUUGUGCUUAACUUUCAAUCCAAUAGUGAUGUAAGAAGUAGACUCGAUAAAGCUUAUGUCGGGAAGGUUUGUAUUCCGGGUUCUGCUUACAAUGUGCAGACUCAUAUGGAGAUGGAGGGCGUUUUCGCGAUCAAGGUCACUCCUCUAGGCGGCAAUACUUGCUUACUAGAAGAAAGAGAGGAAGGUUUUAUAAACGAUUUAAUCAAGGAGGGCAAAACGUGGUGGCAGUCUUGGUUUACGCAUAUUGAGAAGUGGGAGGCUGGUAUGAUCGACUCGUCAAGGGACGCGUGGUUCAGGAUCUACGGUUUACCGGCUCAUGCUUGGUGCUCUGAUUUUUUUGUGGCUUUGGCUCAGUCUUGGGGAAGAUUCAUUUGUGUGGACGAAGAUACGGCCAAACGGGAGGUGUUGGAUGUUGCAAGAUUAUGUGGUGAAUAUUUACUCGUCUUGCGAGAUAGCGAAGAAGAAGAUUAUGUGGGCCAAGUUGCUUGA